AUGCCUGCGAAGGCACUGUCGCUCAUUAUUUUCGCCUCGUCUCUCUUUCAGCUCUCCUUUGCCGCCACGGUGGAAGAAUGGCGAACGCGCUCGAUUUACCAGGUUAUGACCGAUCGCUUCGCUCUUUCCAGCGAUACCUUCUGGAUGCCAUGUCACACCGAGCUUGGUCUUUACUGCGGUGGGAGUUGGAAGGGUAUCAUUGAUAAUCUGGACUACAUCCAGGGAAUGAACUUCGACGCAAUAUGGGUUUCGCCUAUUGUUGCGCAGCUUCCGCAAUACACUUCAGAUGGACAAGCCUAUGCCGGCUAUUGGCAACAAGAUCUCUUCACGAUCAACACCAAGUUUGGAGGCUUGGACGACAUACACGCUUUGAUCGCGGCAGUCCACGCAAGAGGGAUGCUCUUCAUGUUGGACGUCGUGCCGAACCACAUGGCCUACAACACGUACACGGGCGAUCCUACCAAUGUCAAUUACACCAUCUUCAACCCUUUCAACGAGAAGAAGUACUUCCAUGACUACUGCCCCAUGGACUACUCCGGCGUAAACUCAACCGCGCUCGAGGAGUGUUGGCUGGGAAGCGAACACGUCCCGCUGGUGGACUUGCGUACCGAGGAUCAGGAAGUCCAGGAUAUCUUUGGCGACUGGAUCGAGCAAAUGGUUGCCAACUAUAGUGUAGACGGCCUGCGUAUCGACGCCGGCGCCAACGUGCAACCGGACUUCUUCCCAGGGUUCAUCAAGCGGUCCGGCGUGUUUGCCACGGCGGAAGUGUAUCUCUCGAAUGCGACGCAAGCGUGCGAGUGGCAGGACGCUGUGGGCAGUAUGCUCAACUACCCGGUCUACUGGCCUUUGGUCAGUGCGUUUCAACCAGGCAGCAGUUUCUCCGAGCUGGCCUCUGUUAUGGAUGCCCAAAAGACCUACUGUCAGAAUACAACUGCUAUGGCCACUUUCAGCGAGAAUCAGGACGUACCGCGCUUCGCCAACUCGACAUCCGACCUGUCUCUAGCGAUGAACAUCGCCACCUUUGUGCUUAUGCACGACGGCAUACCGGUUAUCUAUCAAGGCCAAGAGCAGCACUUCAGUGGUGGCACGAAUCCAUUUACCAAUCGUGAGCCGCUUUGGGAGCAUGGCUUCGAUGUCUUCGCACCCAUCUACCAGAUGAUCGCAACACUCAACCUUCUCCGCCGUCACGCUAUGCAGACACAACCAGGUCUAUCUACCGCCACUUCUGACCUCGUCUAUCAAGACGACCACACCAUGAUUAUGGCGCGAGGUGCGAACGGCAGCCAGAUUGUUACUGUUCUUACCAAUAGCGGCCAGAAUGCAAGCUCGGCGACCCUCACGGUAUCUUUGGGCGGCUUAGGCUACGUCAGCGGCACUCAGCUCACCGAGGUGCUGACCUGCGCGAACUACACGGUGGACUCCUCCGGCUUCAUCGAUCUCCCAAUGUCCGAAGGCCUGCCGAGAGUUCUGUACCCGGCUUCAGCGCUCGGGAACUCCUCGCUAUGCGGUUUGAGCGGCGUGAGAUAUAAUGAUGUCCAGCAGACUGUCACCGCGACGACAAUGACGGCCACGGUCAGCGGCUCCACGACCACGAUGACUUUGAGUGUCACUGUGCCUUUGCUUACUGCGACCCUUAAGAACGUGCAGGCCACGACAGGACCUGGACCUGCGGGAAGUGCUGGCGUCCGCAGCCUCGGUAAUCCAAGUCUUGCUUUAUGUACGGCGCUCUUGGCUUUGGCGGCGUCCGGCGGCUUGCUUGAAAGGGUCCGCUUGCUCUUGCAUGAGAAAUGA